UGACACUCCGCUCCAGCGGCGAGACGAGAUGGCCCACCGAUCUCCGCUGGCCCGCCUAAUUGGUGACUGGCAUGAAAUCACUGGAAAUGGAAGUGCAAUUGGGAGUGGGAAUGGAAAUGAACAGGCAGAUUGCAAAAUGCAAAGUGCCGCUUGUAAUUAAAUCGAUCAACAGCUCUGGGUGAGAUGAGUGAUUGUGACUGGCGUGGCCAGGCGGCUAUUAUAUCGUUAUAUGGAUUCCCAAUACCGCUCGGUGCUUCCAGCCGGGCAAAUUGCCCGUUUAGGCCAUAAUGUACCCUUGAUCUGUAGCCCGCCUGUUUCCCAGUUUGUCUGACAAUUCCCUCGCAUAUUCCGCAGUCUAUUUGCCAUUGCCAUGUGUAAAGUGGAAGUUACAGGGCACGCAAUCCAUAUUGAACAAUCGAACUGCUGAAAUUGAACUGCUUCCCAAUGUCGUGCCAGCAUAGCAUGUUGCACCGCAAUUUUCUGGUGCUAUAAGGUGGAAGAGGUUUCCUAGUUUUCGAUGUUAACAAGUUGGAAAUCGCUCUCGUUGGAAUAAUAACCAAACACUCUGAGAGUUGGACAUACAAAAGAGCCAGUUUAAUUCGGGGUUUCCCCUAUUAUCGAGUUUGAAGGCUGUCAGAUUAAAGAUCUCCAUAGAUACCAAUACCAUCAUCUAAAGAGAACCGACACACUUGCUGGGCAGUGCUGGAGCGUGACUUGCGUGGGGCGACACUGAGGGUAAAGCUCUUGACAUUGGGAAAUCGCUGUCAUCAGCAGCACCAAGCGGAGAAAAGACAUGUGCCGAAGAAUACGUUUUGGGGUGAUGGGCAACUAUAUAAGCCCAGACGCCAAGAGCCCAAUCAGUCAAAAGGCAGAGAUCAAGCCGGUGCAAAGAUGAAACCCGCCACCAUUUCGCUGAUAACGAUCGUGCUGGGAGUGAUGCUGCAGAUGCACUGCAUCCGGGCUCAAAGCCAGGGCUUCGAUAUCACCAAGCUGCUGCCCAAGACCGGAGCCGAGCCCAUCUGGACGGUGAUCGACCGCAACCUGCCGCAGGUGCAGGAGAUGAUCAGCGCGGCCCGGAGGGAGUGCAUCCAGAAGCUCAACCUGCCCAGGGAUCAGCGGCCGCUGAUGAAGGUGUCCAAUCCCAGCGAGAAGGAGAAGUGCCUGGCGGAGUGCGUGCUCAAGAAGAUCAAGCUGAUGGACGACAACAACAAGCUGAACAUCGGUCAGGUGGAGAAGCUGACCAGCCUGGUGACCCAGGACAACAAGGUGGCCAUCGCCGUCAGCAGCAGCAUGGCCUCCUCCUGCAACCGGGGCAUCUCCUCCAAGAACCCCUGCGAGGCGGCCCACUUCUUCAACCAGUGCAUCGCUCGCCAGUUGGAGCGCAACAACGUGAAACUGGUCUGGUAGAUGGGAUUGUCCUAGAAACAUCUACUAAAAUAUAUCUAAAGUGAGGAAAUGUGAGCUAUACUCCAAGUUUAUGGGCCAUACUAUUAAUUACUUUAUAUAAAAUGCUCUGGUGAAGAUCUGUUGGAGUACACUGAUACAAAAACGUAGUAAAUUUAAAUAUUUUAGGUUUAUUCCAAAAAUAUCUGAUUAAUUUUUAAAUUCAUUUAUUAGGGUUUUUAGUUGUUUAUGAGAAACUUAACGACUUUUGUGCUUAUAAAAGCAUAAGUUUCUAAAAUAACGUGUAUAAAAAUGUUUCUAAAAUAAUAUUAUCUAAAAUAACAUUUUAGAACAACGUUUUAGAUUGACAUUUUUAAACAACACUUUAAAAAAAUAUUUACCUUUUGUUUUAAUGCAAAGUUUAGUUCUUUUUUGUAAUGAAAUAGCAAAGCUUGAUAAUCAUACAUAUAGGUAUUUAUUUUUACUAUUCCGUUUUUAUCAUCAGAGUACCCAAAAAAAAACUAAAAUAUUUUGGCCAUAUUAAUAAUUAACAAAAUAUUAUAGAAAUAAUAUUUGAUAUAAUAUUAUAUUAAUAAAUUUUAUAAAAACCAAAAAUUAA